AUGUUUCGCUCUUUAAUUUUCAGAUCCACUAUAAGAGCUGUGCCAAAAAGGGUAUUCCCGAUAGCCGCUAUUCCUACUAGAAGCUUUCAUGCCUCAUUUGUGUCUUUAAAAAAAAAGGGGAAAAAAGGCUCUGCUAAAGAUGUCGAAGAAGAAGUUACAGAUGCACCUCAAAUUGACAUGGACGAAGUAACAAAGAGACUCCAACUGGUAAUUGAUAAGUUUGCCAAGCAUGCAAACGAAGCAAAACUAGGUAAAACAAAUCCACAGAUUUUUGACCACUUGCAGGUUGAAACUGCAGACGGUGAAGCGGUAUUCACCUCUGUAGCCCAAACUGCACUCAAAGGCCGUAAUUUCAUCAUCACGGUGUUCGAUCCUGCCAACACAAAGCAUGUGGUGAAUGCUGUAUUGGCGUCAGAUUUAAAUAUGAAUCCGAUUGCAGAUCCUUCUAACAAACAAAUGUUGAAGGUUCCUUUGCCUCCCGUGACUACAGAAUCCAAAAAGGAGAAUGUUAAACAUUUGAAGACAAUAUAUGAGAAGUAUCGGAAUGGUCCAGGUGGAUCAGGAAAGCACGCUAGUACUUUAGCGGCAAUUAGGGCGGAUGUGAAGAGCAAAGUGGCGAAGAAAAAGAAGUUGACUGAUGCUGAGACUAAAGUAUGGACCGAGUAUGAAAAAUUGCACAAAAGUUUUACAGAAAAGCUUGGAGAAGUUUUCAAAACAGCAGAAGCUGCUAUGAUGAAGUAA